AUGAGUCUGAACGAGCAUUCGCUGCAGGCUCUGUCGUGGAGGAAGCUGUAUUUGAGCAGGGCUAAGUUGAAGGCUUCGAGUCGGACGUCAGCUCUUCUCUCGGGUUUCGCGAUGGUGGCUAUGGUGGAGGUGCAGCUGGACCCAGACCACGAGUACCCCCAGGGGCUCCUGAUCGCCUUCAGCGCCUGCACCACCAUCCUGGUGGCCGUGCACCUGUUCGCCCUGAUGAUCAGCACCUGCAUCCUGCCCAACAUCGAAGCGGUCAGCAACGUGCACAACCUCAACUCGGUGCGGGAGUCGCCCCACGAGCGCAUGCACCGGCACAUCGAGCUGGCCUGGGCCUUCUCCACCGUCAUCGGCACCCUGCUCUUCCUGGCCGAGGUGGUGCUGCUGUGCUGGGUCAAGUUCCUGCCUGUCAAGCGCCAGGCCGAGCGGAAGAACGGCACCGUGGUCGACGGGAAGGAUGCCUCCAUCAGCGCCGGCGAGGCCGCCGCCAUCGCCUCCACCUCCAUCAUGGUGCCUUUCGCCCUUGUCUUCAUUGUGUUCGCCAUGCACUUUUACCGCUCCCUCGUCAGCCACAAGACUGACCGGCAGUUCCAGGAGCUGGAGGAGCUCUCCAAUAUAACCAGACUCCAGAACCAGCUAGACCACAGAUCAGAGCCACCUGCCAUGCAGUCUCCCAGCUCCCAUUUUCCAUAGCGACACACAAUUGUGGGGGGGGGGGAAAAAAAUUCAAUUUGAGCCAUUUUGAAGGGUUGUUUUUUUGACUACUGUAAAAAGAUUUUUCUCAGCAUGGACAUAUGUUUAAAUAGAUUUAAAUGAUUUCUAUAAAUUUAUUGAUUUUGACUGCUGCUUUUUUUUGGGGACUUUUUUUUUUGUAUUUAUCCGUUUGUUUGUUUUUUUUUCAGUGGCAGGGUAAACAGAAUCGGCAGAAAAUUUGCUGCUUGGAUGCAUGCACUGCCCGGUUAAAAUAAUGGUUCUUAAAAUACAUUAAUUUUUCAGGCUAUCCCGUCCUUCCCCUAAAUAAAGGGAAUCUAACAUUUUCAUUAGCAGUGAUGCAGUAACAGCUGGGAAAUUUUAAAGUUCUUACUUUUUUUUAAAGGUAUUUGAAAACAGAAAAAAAACAUGAAGUUGCAGCUAUGAAGUGCUUUUUGUACUUGUUAAGUAUAUCUUAAGCAGCAUGAAGUUUUCAUGGUCGUCUUUUGGGAUUCAGGUCCCACAAAAAAAGCUUCAUAGCAGAGUGCUGAACAAAACUGGGGUUCACAAUUCACAUUUUAGUGUUCCAUGAAGUCAACAUUUCUGGGAAUAUUCACCGUAGUGCCGUUGAUUAAUUGUCUCUGCUUCAUUGCCCCUAAAAACGAAACUUGAGCUGAUCCAAAUGUUUUUUUUUUUGGCAUCCGAAAUGGUGCGAUAAUUGCACGACGUGACAAUCUGCUUGUACCAAAGGUGCCUACGUGCUGACAUGCCUUUUCUCUGUAUGUAUGGCCGGUCAGGGUAAGAGGAGUAUUUGCAUACAGGAUAAACAUCUCUGAAAAGCAAGCCUAAAUUGUGUUUUGAUUUUUUUUUUUUUUUUUUAAUCUAAAACAUGCUGCCCGGUCAAUCCUUCUUUGGACGGGGUUUAAGUGCCAGGCCUCUAACUGUAGCCAUGUUCUAACCGUGGCUUUAGCCUGGCCCGAAUCACUCCCAGCGGCAGCUGCUCUGCUUUCUGUCGCAUUCACACUGCUGUGUCAAAACAAAGCCGUGCCAGCAGCUGGGAUGUGAGAGGAAGUGAUACUACGUAUAUGUGAUUAGAUUGUGAAAAAAUUACACCAGGCAUGGUUUCGCUGUUGUAACAUUUUUUUUCGCAUAAAUUGAUGUGCCUUUAUAGCGGGUUACGUUCGAUUAUAUUUUUAUAUAGUCUGCGAAGAUUAAAAAUUGACAUGGAUCACCACAGUUCAGUUCAUAGGUCAUCACUGUUGCAGUCAGAUAAACAAGUAAGCUAGAUAUAUAUAUAGCUGUUUCACUACCAAGGUUGUUUCAGAUAAUGUUACUUGAAAACUACCGAUCAUUUUCCAAAUGAUGUAGUCAGGUAUGCUGGUUUUUCACUGCAGUGUCUAUAUCUGUAGCUUGCUCUCUAGUCAUGAUAUUUAUUUAACAUAGUUUCCGAGCUCCUCAUCACAUUUUUUAACAGAACAGUAAUGUUCUUGUAAAAUCAGAAUUAUUACUGUAUACAGUAGAAACCCAGCUGGGGACCUUUUAAGUAUGUAGUGUUAUGUAUAUAGUAUUAACCUAAGGUUAAUACUGGUGUGUAAGCUAGCUAGUGUUAGCGAAUGUGUGAUCUCAUUAUAUUUGCAAAUCCAGAUCAGUAUUCUGGGCUCAGACUGGUAUGGUGCCAGAUAUAAUCCAAUGAAAUACCUUUCUAUUA